AUGCAGCAGCAGCAGCUGCUGCAGCGCCAUGAAAAUCGAUGUCGGCGUCAGAUAGCAAAGCUGCAGCAGCUGCAGCAGGAGAGUGCAGCAGCAGAACAAAAGGAAGCUGGAGAGCUGCUGCUGUCUCUCUUCCCUGAAGGAGCAGCAGCAGCAACAAAAACAGCAGCAGCAUCAGCUGCGGCAGCAGCAGCAGCACGAGAAGCUUCUCAGCCUUGUCGGUGUCUUCUUGCUGCAGCAGAGCAGCAGCUGCCGCUAUUCGCCCUUCAAGCCGAUGAAUGCGCUGUGCAUACACUGGAAGAUGAUGCAGCAGCAGCAGCAGGAACAGCAGCAGCAGCAGCAGCAGGAACAACAACACCAACAACAGCAGCAGCAGCAGGAGCAGCGGCAGCAGCACGCCUAGGCGACGCAGUCGUAAGCGCUCCGCCUACGUUUGCUGCAGCAGCAUCAGCAGCAGCAAACAACAACAGCACCAGCAGCAGCAGCAGCAGCAACGAAGGCAUCGGCAGCAUCUUCGCUCAGUGCUGCCGCUCCUUGAAGAAGGUCAUCUGGGAAGUGCUGCAGCAGGAAGCAGAAGCAGCAGCAGCAGCAGCAGCAAUAGCAGCAGCAGCAGCAGCAACGCCUCAAGAGGCGGCAGAAACGGCAGCAGCACAGCACCGGCUGCUGCACCUGCGUGCUGCUGUCUUAUGCAGCAGCUUUUCGUUGCUGCAGCAGCAGCUGCAGCAGCUGAGAGGACCUUGCUACGACUUGUGCAAGGAAGACACGAGCAGAGCCAUAGCAUCGCUGGCGCUGCUGCUGCUGUCUGCUCUGUUCAGCAGCAGAAGUGUUUCUGCUGCUGCUGCUGCUCCUGCCCCUGCUGCUGCUGCUGCUGCUGCUCUGCGGCGACCUUCUCUGCAGCUGCUGCAGCUGACAGUGGUGCCCUGGACUCGGUCUUUGCUGCUGCUGCUGAAGCUGCUGCAGAGAACUGCGACAAGCAGCAGCAGCAGCAGCAGUUGCUGCUGCUCCUGCUGCAGCAACUCGAACGGCACCUGCAGCUGCUGCACUGCAGCAGCAGUAGCAGCAGACCCUGCCUUGGGGCUGCAUGCAUUUGAGGUGGAGGUUUUGCUGCUAGGCGUUUGUAAGUAUCAACAAAUAGCAGCAGCAGCUGCUGCUGCAGUAGCAACGGCAGCAGCAUCUGCAGCAGCAGCAUUAGCAGCAACAGCAGCUCCUACAGCAGUAGCAGCAGAAGAUGCACUUGCAUAUCAUAAGGCCUUAUCUCGCCGCUGGCCUUCCUUCCCUCUCACCUUUGCUGCGCUGCAGCACCUCAGCAGCAGCAGCAGCAGCAACAGCAGCAGCAUCAGCAGCAGCAGCAUCAGCAGCAGAAACAGCGGCCUUUGUAACUACUACAAUGCGGAAGCAGCACUGGCGCAGCAGCAGCUGCUGCUCCUGCUGCUGCGCGGUCGGCCGCUGCAGCACAGGCUGCAGCAACACAUCUGCUGUCUGCCUGCUGCAGCAGCAGCAGCAGCUUCGGCUGCUGCUGCACCUGCUGCUGCUACAACCAACCCCACAGCAGCAGCUGCUGCUGCUUGCGAGUUGCUGCUGCAGGCGGAUUCAUCGUACAGUCUGCUGCUGCUGCACGCACAUGCACUCUGCGUCGCCCUUCUGCAGCUGCAGCAGCAGCAGCAGCAGCAGGGACAACUGCAACAAAACGAGCAGCAGCAGCAGCAGGAUACUGCAGCAGCCUUGCUGCUGCUGCUGCAGCAACUUCCUGCUUGGGCUGAGCCCGCGGGGCCUCCUUCUUCUUCCCUUCGGAGACGGGAGGUGGAUUUGUGUACGAAGCUGCAUGCGCUGCUCUUCCCAACAACAGCAGCAGCAGCUGCUGCAGCAGGACCUGCUGCUGCUGCCGUCAGCAGCAAUGACAGCAGCAGCAACAGCAGCAGGGCGCAUUCGCUUUCUCCGUCGCUGCAGCAGCAGCUGCGCAGACAGCUGGCCAAUCUGCUGCCUCUGCUGCUGCGCAUUUCAGAAGCAAACAGCAGCAGCAGCAGCAGCAGCAGCAGCAGCAGCAGGACUCGCUGCAGCGCAACAGCAGCACAACUCGAAGUAUUUGCUGCUGGCUGGUGGGGGACGGCACCGGAGGCUGCUGAGGCCUUUCACUGGCUGUGUGCUGCAGCAGCAGGACAGCAGCAUGCGCGCUUGCUGCUGCUGGCUCCCUUGCUGCUGCUUGGAGGGCAGCGGCAGCAGCAGCAAGAGCAGCAGCAGCAGCAGCAGCAGCACGACGAGCAUCAGCAGCAGCAGCAGGUACUAGGUGCAGCACGUAGCGACAACCAGGUGUACGUACACUGCAGGAGUCUUCUGCUGCAGUGGUUGGGACGGUGCUUCCGUGCAGGGGAGACGCAGGCCCCGUUGCGGCUGGUGUCUCUGCUGCUUGCUAGCAGUAGCAGCAGCAGCAGCAACAGCAGCAACAGCAACCGGGACAAUGUUGAGGGGAUAUCGUUUGCUGCUGCUGCUGCUGCAUUGGCUGCGGAGGCGCUGAAGGAGUUCAGUUGCUGCUACUGCAGCAGCAGCAACUGCAGCAGCAUCACUGGGGGUCCUAAAGGACCACCAAGUAUAGCAGCAGCAGAAACAGCAGCAGCAGCAGCAGCAGCAGCAGCAGCAGCAGCAGCACUUCCGCUUUGGUGCGAAGUUCUUCGCGUUGCCGAUCGAGUUGAACAGGCGGCGGGCUACGGG